AUGGCCGCUAAUCCAGAUUCUGGCAAUAUGUUACCGGUUGCGAAUCCUACAUUAUCUUAUUGGCGCAGCGAGCUCCAUCGCCUUGACUCACAUCGAUCAACACCAAAUCUCCCCGAGGAGAGCGAAAUUGUGAUCAUUGGGGCUGGUAUUGCCGGUGUUUCUGUUGCCUACCACCUUUCCAACACGCCCAACCCACCACAUGUUCUCCUCCUCGAAGCUCGUCAGACCUGCUCAGGUGCAACAGGCCGCAAUGGAGGCCAUAUCAAAUCCAAGACCACGACGCUGAUGAAGAUGACCGACAAGUUCGGCGUGGCAGCUGCUGAUGAGUGGGCUCGCUUCGUGUGGGCUCAAACCCCGGCACUCAAGGAAGUCAUAGAGAGAGAAGGCAUCGACUGCGAAUUUGAGCUUCGCCGAAGCUACGAUGUCUUUAAGUCAGAGUCCGAGGCUGCACGAUUGGAGGCGAAAUGGAAGGAAUAUCUUGCCAAGGGCUGCGAGUGGACCAGCAAUGUGCUUUGGACAGGGACUGAGUUUGCAGAGAGACUGACAAGCAUCAAGGGCGCGAAGGGGGCUUUCAGUGUGCCUUCAUGUUCCUUGUGGCCGUAUAAGUUUGUUACUGGCUUACUUGAGAAGGCCAUGGGAAAGAAUACCGGCCUCAAUCUCCAGACCGAGACUCCGGUAUCGAGCGUGCAGACCAAUCAAGACGGCACGACUGUCAUCCACACUUCUAGAGGCUCUGUCAAAGCCAAAAGAGUUGUCUUCGCCACGAAUGCGUACUCAGCGGCCUUGCUUCCUGAAUACCGCGGUGUCAUUACCCCUUAUAAAGGCAUAGCAACGCAUUUGGCCGCAGAGGAUGGCUGGGAGCCGGUCUUCCCGCACCUGAGCCAUACUUAUAAUAUCGACUUCGGACUUGUGCCUGGGUCUGAGACAGUGGACUAUCUGAAUCCCAGGCCAGACGGUGGGAUUGUAGUGGGAGGUGGGAACUGGAUUUUCCGGGAUCAGCGAGAGCUGUGGUACGACACGGUGGAUGACUCAACGCUGCUGGAGCCUAUCGUAAAAGCAAAUUAUUUCGGAGGUUAUAUGCAGAGAAACUUCAACGGCUGGCAAGAUAGCGGCACAGGGAUAGAGAAAAUAUGGACUGGGAUCCAAGGGGCUACUCCGGACGGUCUCCCACAUAUUGGCAAGGUUCCAGGCAAACAGGCACAGUGGAUACUCGCGGGGUUCAAUGGCGGCGGGAUGGCUCUGUCAUUCCUCUCUGCCAAGGCAGUUGCCACGAUGGCGCUGGGUGAUGUACCAUUCGACCAGUCUGGGGUGCAUGUGCCCAGUCUGUUUGAGACCACGGAAGAACGACUGAGGCAAAUUGUCUCGGCGCCAGGGUACCGGCCGAGGGACAUUAAUGUCAGAUAA